CCAUGGAGUACGAAGUCAAGAAGGGGAGAAAGGGCCCGCUCCUAAGGCUGAUGUUCCCAAAGGCUGGGCGCCGAGCAGCCUUUCGGAGCAGCGUGAGCCGCCGGCCCCUGCACUCGAUGCCCCUUUAUCCCCCUGACUACCUCAUCGACCCCCAGAUUCUGCUGUGUGACUACCUGGAGAAAGAAGUCAAGUUCCUGGGCCACCUCACCUGGGUAACCUCCUCACUGAACCCCUCCAGCCGGGAUGAGCUCCUGCAGCUGCUGGACACCGCCAGGCAGCUGAAGGAGCUGCCGCUGAAAACUACGGCGGAGCAGGACAGCAUCCUGAGCCUGUCGGCGCGCUGCCUGCUGCUCACCUGGCGGGACAAUGAGGAGCUCAUCUUGCGCAUCCCCACCCACGAGAUCGCCGCCGCCUCCUACCUGCAGGACGACGCACUGCACUUGCUGGUGCUUAAGACAGGUACAGCGGGUGGAGCCCGCGCCUGCUGCUGGGAGCGGCGCCACCCGGGCUCCAACCCUCUGGACCCGCAGGACCCCAGCCCCGACGCCUACUGCAACCUCGUCAUCCUGGCUGUGGCCAACAGGGAUGCUGCCGAGGAGUCCUGCGCCCUCAUCUGUCAGGUCUUCCAGAUCAUCUACGGCGACCAGAGCAUCGAGUGCGUGGACCGGGCUGGCUACCACUACACAUCCACACCCGAACGGCCAUGGCUCUGCAGCCGCAGUGAAAGCUGCCGAACUGACGGGACUUAUGCCUAUGACGCUGACUUCAGCUGCUGCAGCUCUUUCAAUGGCUCUCAGGACACAUUUGAAGCGUGUUACAGCGGCACAUCCACACCCUCUUUCCAUGACUCCCACUGCAGCGGCAGCGACCACAGCGGCCUGGGCCUGGAGCAGCUGCAGGAUUACAUGGUCACGUUGCGGAGUAAGCUGGGGCCCCUCGAGAUCCAGCAGUUUGCGCUUCUGCUGCGGGAGUACCGGCUCGGGCUGCCCAUCCAGGACUAUUGUUCAGGCCUGCUGAAGCUCUAUGGAGAGCGGCGCAAGUUCUUCCUCCUUGGGAUGCGGCCCUUCAUCCUGGACCAGGACAUUGGCUACUUCGAGGGCUUCCUGGAGGGCGUGGGCAUCCGCGAGGGCGGCAUCCUCACCGACAGCUUUGGCCGCAUCAAGCGCAGCAUGAGCUCCACAUCCGCCUCGGCCGUGCGCAGCUACGACGGCGCGGCCCAGCGGCCCGAGGAGCAGACCUUCCACCGGCUGCUGGCGGACAUCACGCACGACAUCGAGGCGCUGGCCCCCGACGACGACAGCACCGACGAGGAGGCCCGGGGCUCCCCGGGCGGGAAUGAGGCAACGGAAGACAACUACCUGUAGCCUGUCUCCCCGACCCAGCCUCCAUUCCCCCAACCCGGAUGCUGCCCCGGGCUCCAGCCCGUGCAGCCUGGAGAAUGCCCUGCAGGGGGCGGAGCCCUAGAGCUCGGGGCAGUCGCUUGGGACUCAGUUAGCCCCGCUCUGCACGCCCUGGAUGGCCAGCGCCCUUCUUCGUCCGCUAACCCCGGGACUCUGCACCAGGACCCCCUCCUCCCUGCAAGGCGCAGCUUUCGGAGGCCUCGGACGGAUGAUGAGGGGGCUCCACCUGCUGGCCGACGGAGGAAAGAAGUCCCAGGACCCCGAGACUUCUGUUGCUCCCGCUCGACAGCUGGAGAAGCGGAGGUUUAACAGAGGGAAAGGACUUGAGGGAACCGAUGCUCCUGCGACAUUACCUCAAGUCGACCAUACUGAGCCUGUAGAGGGUCUUUUUGAGGCUCUAAAUAGCAGGGACUCCCCCCCACCACCACUACCACCCCUGAAUCAGACCAUCAGUGUGGAGUGGAGGUUUUUUUCUACUGCGAGUUGACUCAGAGGAGGGUGAUCAUGGAGAUGAACAAAGGUCAAGACCUUAGUGCAGGGUCUGCCACAUGAUAAGCACUCAAUAAAUGCUGUUCCCUUUUCCGUCUAACA